AUGGUCAUGCUCUCGUCCAUCACCGAAAAGGCCAUUGUCGACAACCUCCACAAACGAUACAAAGACGACACCAUCUACACUUACAUCGGCCCUGUGCUCAUCUCGGUCAACCCGUUCAAGGGCAUCAAGGACCUGUACUCGGACACCCGGCUCCGGGCGUACCGCGGCAAAUACAUGUACGAGCUGGCGCCGCAUGUGUUCGCGCUCGCCGAUGCGGCGUACCGCGCCAUGCUCUCCGAGGGCGAGAACCAGUGUGUGAUCAUUUCGGGCGAGUCGGGUGCCGGUAAGACUGAGGCGUCUAAGAAGAUCUUCCAGUACAUUGCCUCAGUGUGCUCGGCGACCAACGAGGUGGCGCGGGUCCGUGACAUCAUUCUGCAGUCGAAUCCGCUGCUCGAGGCGUUUGGAAAUGCCAAGACCGUGCGCAACAACAACUCGUCGCGGUUCGGCAAGUACAUGGAGAUCAUGUUCACGUACGGCGGUGACCCGGCCGGUGGUUCGAUCAACGUAUACCUGCUUGAAAAGUCGCGUGUUGUGAGCCAGCAGGCCGGCGAGCGCAACUUUCACGCGUUCUAUCAGCUGCUCGCCGGCGCAGACGCCGCCAUGCGCGAGGAGUUUGGCCUCGCCCGACCUGAGGACUUUUACUACCUCGCCCAGUCCGGCUGCACCACCGUGUCGGGCAUGAACGACACCCGCGAGUACGCCGAGGUUGUCGAGGCCAUGACUACCAUGGGCCUCACGCCCGACGACCAGAUGGGCGUGUGGCGGACGGUGGCCGGCAUUCUCCAGCUCGGCAACAUCUCGUUCUACGAGGAUGACAAGGAGCAGGCCCAGCCGCAAGACAUGGUGGCCAUCGAGUACGCGGCGUACCUCCUCUGCACUUCGAACGAGGCCGUCAUUGCUGCGCUCACCACCAGAACCAUCGAGACCGGUGCCGGCUCACGCGGCUCGACGUACAACGUGCCGAACAACGCCGAGAUGGCUGUCUACGCCCGCGACGCCCUCGCCAAGGCCCUCUACUCGAACCUGUUUGACUGGAUCGUUGCCGCGGUCAACGUCAACCUCCAGUUCUCGGACCCGGACACGCUUGUCCUCGGCGUGCUGGACAUCUACGGCUUUGAGAUUUUCGAGAACAACGGCUUUGAGCAGCUCUGCAUCAACUACGUCAAUGAGAAGCUCCAGCAGAUUUUUAUCGAGCUCACCCUCAAGCAAGAGCAGGAGGAGUACGCCGCAGAAGGCAUCGAGUGGACCGAAAUCACCUUUUUCAACAACAAGAUCGUGUGCGACCUCAUCGAGUCAAAGCGCAACCCCAUCGGGGUCUUCUCGCUCCUCAACGACGUGUGCAACUUCCCCAAGGGCACCGACGACAAGUUUGCCGAGAAGCUUUCGUCCGAGCACUCGGGCCACCCGCACUACGCGCCUGCCGGCCACGGCUACUUUACCAUCUCGCACUACGCUGGCGACGUCACGUACUGCGCCACGGGCUUUUGUGACCGCAACAAGGACCCGCUGUUCAAGGAUCUUGAGAUCCUCUGCCAGAACUCGCAGUCGCCGUUCAUCGCCAACCUCUUCCCCACCACCCGCUCGCGCAACGACAAGCGCCGCCCGCCCACUUCGGGCACCAUCAUCAAGUCGUCGAUCGCGGCCCUCGUCGAGCGGCUGAUGGCAUGCACCCCGCACUACAUCCGGUGCCUCAAGCCGAACAACAACAAGAAGGCCAACGACUGGGACUCGAACCUCUCGCGCCACCAGGUCCAGUACCUCGGCCUCCUCGAGAACGUUCGCAUCCGCCGUGCAGGGUACGCCUACCGCCAGACCUUUGACCGGUUCUUCUACCGCUACCGCGUCAUCUGCUCGCAGACCUUCCCCUCGUUCUCCGGCAACCACCAGGACGGAGCGUCGGCCAUCCUCGCCUCGCAGGGCCUCCGUCAGGGCACCGACUUUGAGUUUGGGCGCACCAAGAUCUUUAUCCGCGCCCCUGAGGCUGUCUUUGCCCUCGAGGAGCAGCGCGACCGCCGUCUCGACACCUACGCCAACACCAUCCAGCGGUUCUUCCUCCGAUUCGCCAUGCGCCAGUACUACCACGACCUGCACGCCGUCGCCAACGCCACCUUUGUCGGCAACAAGCAGCGCCGCCGCAACUCCGUCGAGCGCUUCUUUGCCACAGACUACGCGGGCUUCCGCUCCAACCACGGACUCAAGUCAAUCGUUGCCGAACACGGCCGCGAGACUCUCCGCUUUGCCGCGCCUAUCAUCAAGUACGACCGCCGCUCCCGCGCCCAGCGCCGCGUCCUCGUCGUCACUGACCAGGCCACCUACAUCAUUGCAGUCGAGAAGAACAAGAACAAGGCCGACCCCAUGCUCGCUUCGAAGCCGUUUGUCUACAUCUGCAAGCGCCGCAUCACCAAAGACACUCUCAAGCGCGUCUCGCUCUCCCCGCUUGCCGACAACAUUGUCGUACUCCACGUCCCCGGCCAGCACGACAACGUCAUCGAAUGCCGCCGCAAGACCGAGCUGGUUGCCGUCCUCAAGCAGGACUACGGCGUGGACGUCGCCUUUGCUAUGCAGGUCACAUACACGCUCAAGAAGAACAAGACCCGGGCGCUUACCUUUGUGCAGGACCCGUCCGGUGGCCCCGGCCUCGUCAAGAAGACAAAGGUUCUCGUCGCCCCGGGUCUCGACAAGUCCACCCCAGGCAACGAGGGUCCGUCCGUCAUUUCCAUCGGGGCCCGGACACCCGCCCGCGAGACUGUCACCGCGCUCUAUGACUACGACGCACAGGAAGCCGGUGAGCUCUCGUUCCGCGAGGGCGACGUCAUCACCAUCGUGUCCAAGGGCGACGGCUGGUGGACCGGUGAACUGCGCGGGAGCAAGGGCGAGUUCCCCUCCAACUACGUCCAAUGAAUGCAUCUCUGCGCCGUCUCUGUGCCGUUGGCGACCAGCAACAACGAGCGCGAUCCCGUUCAGAGUGCGGAUAGCGUUUACGAGUCAAGACGGGGGGACAACCACUUUUCCCGUGUUCUUGGCGCCCUUAAUCUUGGCGAUCUUGUAGCCGCCUCCAUGGCCGUCGGGCCGUGCCUCGCUGGACGCGUCAAACAGAAGCACAUACUCACCUUUGGGCUCUUGGAACACGAGCCGGUCGCCAAACUCGACGCGGGCGUGGGUGUGCGACGUUGCGGCUGCCAUGCGGGAUGCGGCGGCGACGUGCGACGUCGCGCCAGAGCGCCCGGCCUCUGUCACGGCCUGCAGCUGGUCGAGAAGGCGGACGGCAAACUCGACGAGGCGCUCGCAGGCAAAGACCAUGUCGUGGUGCUCGACGCCAUCAAACGUGAGCACCAUGUAGCAGUCUCCAAACGGCGAACAUGAGAGCGAGGAUAUGGCUUCGAUCGGCGUCACCGACUUGACCUUGAACGACUUGCCCUUGAGCCGGAACAAGUGCCGGCGACUGAGCGCCACCGCGUUCUCGUCGUGUUUGAACGACCGAUUGACCUUUGCGAUGGGCGCCGAGAAGAUGAUGCUCGACUCGUCGCCCACCUUGGCCAUGGCCUUGGCCAACUCGCGCGCGCUUUUGGAUCCGGCGGUGCCGAGCCCGAGCGCGUCGCCGGCAAACGCGAGCUGGACCGACGCCGCGUAAACUUUGGCCUUGCUC